AUGGACUGGACACCGAAUCAGGUGGUACGUAGUCUAAACUCAGCAACGGCUUCGAUUCUUGGCCAGUCGGAUAUGUCAGAAAAUGCCACUGUCCACUGUUUCACCUUUGUUCGAGCUUUGAGUUCGUUGCUUCUUGAGGUCUGGAAUUCUCUUCUGAUUAAGGCCUUCAUUGUGUGGAAAGACAUUGGCCGGUCCAUGCAUUGCAAAAUCGUUGUCACCUUCUUGGCAAGCGUGUCAGCAAACUCAUUGCCUUCAAUGCAACAGUGA